GGAUGGAGGAAUCGAAGCUCUCCUCGGAGGGCUGAGUCCAAACUUCUUGUCCCACAGAGCCAAGAUGGAAUUUGGAUGCAGGAUGGGCGCCAGUUGCAUCUUGAAGUGCCAUCAGCUGUAACUGAAGUUCCAGAUCCCAAGACCACAGCCAGGCAUUCCCGCUUUCCAGAACUGAGGACCAUGGAGCUCUCUGACAGCGACCGACCCGUCAGCUUUGGCUCCACGUCAUCUUCGGCCUCUUCCCGGGACAGCCAUGGGUCCUUUGGCAGCAGAAUGACCUUAGUCUCAAGUAGCCACCUGGGCUUGUAUAACCAGGAUAAGGAAGCAGGGGCCAUAAAACUGGAGCUGAUUCCAGCCAGGCCAUUCUCCAGCAGCGAGCUGCAGAGGGACAACCCCACCGGGCAGCAGAACAUAGACAAGGGCAGCAUGGGGCAGCCCAGGACCCAGAGGCGAGUGGAUGCCCAUGGGCCACCCAAAGUGACCGCAGACUUGGCCACCAGCCCCAAGCUCCUCUAUGUGGAUAGAGUUGUCCAGGAAAUUCUGGAGACUGAAAGGACUUAUGUGCAGGAUUUAAAAAGCAUCGUGGAGGAUUACCUUGACUGCAUCAGGGACCAAAUGAAACUUCCCCUGGGGACAGAAGAAAGAUCAGCCCUUUUUGGAAACAUACAGGAUAUCUACCACUUCAAUAGUGAACUUCUGCAAGAGUUGGAAAACUGUGAAAAUGAUCCUGUGGCCAUAGCAGAAUGUUUUGUGUCCAAGAGUGAAGAUUUCCACAUUUAUACCCAGUAUUGCACUAACUAUCCGAGGUCUGUGGCUGUGCUAACAGAGUGCAUGAGGAACAAGAUGCUGGCCAAGUUCUUCAGGGAACGUCAGGAAACUCUGAAACACUCACUGCCUCUGGGGUCCUAUCUCUUGAAACCAGUUCAGCGGAUUCUCAAAUAUCAUCUCCUUUUACAUGAAAUAGAAAACCACCUUGACAAGGACACAGAAGGCUAUGACGUGGUGCUCGAUGCCAUAGACACGAUGCAGCGCGUAGCCUGGCACAUCAACGACAUGAAGCGGAAACACGAGCACGCAGUCCGCCUACAGGAGAUACAGAGUUUGCUCACGAACUGGAAGGGGCCAGACCUGACCAGCUACGGGGAACUGGUGCUCGAAGGAACCUUCCGCAUCCAGCGGGCCAAGAAUGAGCGGACGCUCUUCCUCUUUGACAAGCUGCUUCUCAUCACGAAGAAGAGAGACGACACGUUUACAUACAAAGCACACAUCCUGUGUGGCAACCUCAUGCUCGUGGAAAUGAUCCCAAAGGAGCCACUCAGCUUUAGUGUCUUCCACUAUAAGAAUCCCAAGCUGCAGCACACAGUUCAGGCCAAAUCCCAGCAAGACAAACGCCUCUGGGUUCUGCACCUCAAGAGACUGAUCCUGGAGAAUCAUGCAGCAAAGAUUCCAGCUAAGGCCAAGCAAGCAAUACUUGAAAUGGAUGCCAUUCACCAUCCAGGCUUCUGCUACAGUCCUGAGGGGGAGACCAAGGCAUUCUGUGGUUCUAAAGAAGGUUCUGCUCCGUAUCGGCUGAGAAGAAAAUCUGAACCUUCCUCAAGAUCACAUAAAGUUUUGAAGACCAGUGGAACAGCCCAAGACAUCCAAAAGGUGUCUAGAGAGGAAGGAUCUCCCCAGCUGACUUCAGCAGGGCCAUCUCCUGCCCAGAGGAACAGUCAGCCGAGCAGUUCUGCCAUUAUCAGCGUGCUUCGUGGGGGUGGAGCUAUCAGAAACAUCUGGACUGAUCACCAGAUUAGACAAGCCUUGUUUCCCAGCCGACGGUCACCGCAGGAGAAUGAAGAUGAAGAUGACUAUCAGAUGUUCGUGCCGUCCUUUUCCUCCUCAGAUUUGAACUCUACCCGACUGUGUGACGAUAGCACUUCCAGUCGCCCUUGCAGCUGGCAUAUGGGACAGAUCGAGUCCACAGAGACCUCCAGCUCUAGCCACAGGAUUGUCAGGCGUGCCAGCAGUGCCGGCGAGAGCAACACGUGCCCCCCUGACAUAAGAAUUAGGGACAGCGAUGGCUCUCAGUACAGUCCCCAAAGGGAACUGCAGAGCAGCCUUAAAACAGAGGAGCAGGAAGGGAUGACUCUUUUUGGGUCAUCUAUAGAGUUGACUAUUGAUGACAUAGACCAUGUCUACGAUAACAUAAGUUAUGAGGACUUAAAACUAAUGGUGGCUAAACAGCAAGAAGCUGAAUCCACUCCCCCCAAAUCAGCCAGGGACUCUGUUCGCCCCAAGAGCACCCCAGAGUUAGCCUUCUCAAAGAGGCAGGCUGGCCACAGUAAGAGCUCACUUCACGCGAAACGAGAUGGCACUCUCACAGGUCGAGAGGCCUUGAACCAAAGCACACAUGAACUCCAGGUGGUCGAGGAAAACAUCUAUGACACUAUUGGGCUCCCAGAUCCACCACCACGGGAUUUCAAAUGCAGCAGCCUAAAGCGUUCAAAGAGGAGCACCUUUCUGGGGCUGGAAGCCGACUUUGCAUGCUGUGACAGUCUGAGGCCCUUUGUGUCCCAGGAUAGCCUCCAGUUUAGCGAGGACGAAACUCCGUACCCUCUCAGUGCCCCUGAGCAUGAUUAUCUGAGCUUGCUGUACGGCUCCUCCAGCUGUAACUUGUCCGUAGCUGAUGACACUGUAUCUGAUAAACUGUCUGAAGAAGUAGAUGAAAUCUGGAAUGACCUGGAAAAUUACAUCAAGAAAAAUGAAGACAAAGCUAGAGACCGUCUCCUCGCAGCAUUUCCUGUGAGCAGGGAUGACGUGCCAGACAGGGUGCACGCCCAGAGCACCCCUGAGCUGAGCAGGGACGCGGCACGGUCCACGUCCACACUGUCCCUGCCUGAGAGCCAGGCCUUCCUCGCGCCCAUGAGAAGCGGGGCCAUCAGAGCUGGCCGGCCCAGCUGCCCAUUCAAAGAAGACCUGAUUUCCAAAGAAGGCUCCCUCAUGAGUCUUCACCGGCUCUCUCUGGCCUCCGAAAUGCCUCCCACGGACAACCCCUAUGACUUGGCCAACACCAGUCUGUCUCAAACAGACCUUGAAAACCCUGACCCUGCGAUGGAUGGCACAGAUAAGACAAAAAGCAGGGUUUUCAUGAUGGCAAGGCAGUACAGUCAGAAGAUCAAGAAGGCAAAUCAACUUUUAAAAGUGAAAAGUCCAGAGUUGGAGCAGCCACCAGCUGGUCAGCAGCAUAAAUCUGUGCCCAAAGACCUGGCCUCCAUCCUGGAAGAGAAGAGGCAAGGAGGGCCAGCCAUCGGUGCCAGGAUUGCUGAGUAUUCCCAACUGUAUGACCAGAUUGUCUUCAGAGAGACUCCCCUUAAGUUUCAGAAGGAUGGCUGGGCCCGCCCUCCAGAGGACUCCGUCCCCAGGUCUGCGUCUCCUUCCCAGGCCCAACAUGGCAGAGAGGAUUGGCUUUGGCAUUCAACCUAUAGUAAUGGAGAACUAACAGAUUUCUGUCCCCGGCCAGAACAAGACAUAAGGUCAAAAUAUCCCACUUUUGAGACCAGUACAAAAAGUACUCCUAGACAGUUGUCUGCAGCUUGUUCUGUACCUUCUCUUCAAACCUCCGACCCUCUGCUGGGCUCCACACAGAGGUGCAGUGUGGUAGUAAGUCAGCCCAACAAAGAGAACUCAUGUCAGGGCCAUCUUUACAACUCGUUGGGUCGGAAAGGAAUCAGUGCUAAAUCUCAGCCUUAUAACAGGUCCCAGUCAUCUUCUUCCAUCUUGAUAAACAAAUCAAUGGACUCCAUCAACUACCCCAGUGAAAUGGGAAAGAAACCACAGCUGUCUUUGCACAAAAGCUCAAGGUGUGAGAGUCACCAGGAUUUGCUGCCAGGUAUUGCUGACUCAUGUCAACCGGGCACUGAAAAACACUCAGAUCUUACACUCCGAGACUCACAGAAGGUUCUGGUAGUAAAUAAAAAUGUACCCUUAAAUAUCCAAAUAGCGACACAGAACUAUUUUUCCAAUUUCAAAGAGACUGAAGGAGAUGAAGAUGAUUAUGUAGAAAUAAAAUCAGAAGAAGAUGAGACGGAGUUGGAACUUUCUUAUAAUCGUAGAAGGAAAUUGGACUCCAAGAUUGUGGAUGCUGACUCUUCUGAUAAUAACUGCAGCAGUGAUGCAUCUUACUCUUUGAAUAGUCCAUGCACUCCAAAAAAGCCAAUAAAUAGCAAAGUUGGGCUUUCACCAUAUCUGACAUCAUAUAAUGAUUCUGACAAACUGGAUGACUAUCUUUGGAGGGGGCCAUCUCCCAAUCAACAAAAUAUUGUCCAGUCUCUAAGGGAAAAAUUUCAGUGUCUUAGUUCAAGCAGCUUUGCCUAAACUCUUAAUAAUAAUAGCUGCCUGAAUCACCUUCUUCUUAUGCUCAUAAGUUACAGAUGAGGUGUUUUAUAUGUACCAGAUUAAAACAAUUUUGUAAUAAUGAGAGGUGUAAAAUAUACUUUCCUUUACAGCACAACUUUUUGAAAUGGCUGACAGUGCAGCCAGGAUUGUACUGUAGCAAACGUCAGCAUCUAACAGUAUAUUUUCUGAUGCUGAUUGUCUCCCUGUAUUAUGCAAGUCAAUCUUACU